AAAAGGGGAGCAUCGUUCAAUCAGCAGCAAUCGUGUGAUGACAGCUGUCGGGUGCUCGGGAACAUUGGAUUUUAGUUCGCCGCGGCCACGGAAAAUUUUUGUGAAUGGUGUGAAGUGAUUAUGUCCAACUUUUCUGCCAAUUCUGAAGCUUUCAAAGGUGCCCGAGCGGUGAGAUCCAGGUGGCUGCAGUGGAGUCCAUGAAAGCCAUUUCUUCCGAUUUUCUCUCGGCGCACAGACUCCGUCUUGCUGUGUUAUGUGUUUCGGUGGACAAUCUCGAAUCGGUGCAUUGGCUCACGGACGCGACACAUUCUCUCGAGUGUUUUUGUUUGGAAGUUUGUUUGGCUGCUGCUUAUAGCAUUCUGUACCUGCGUGGACUUGCUUUGCGUACUAGUUGCGGCAGCGUCCAGGAUGUCGUCGCUGAAAGUAGCGGUCAGGGUCCGUCCCUUCAACCAGAGGGAGAUGGAUAUGGAUGCGUUGCCCAUUGUACAAAUGGACGGUAAGAAGACGCGACUGCACAAACCAAAAUUAUCAUCAGUUCGCGAAUCAGGUCGCGAUAAUUAUCAUGACUUUACAUUUGACCAUUCUUAUUGGUCUUUUGAUGCAAACGAUGGGCAUUUUGCUAGCCAGGAGCAAGUGUACCUCGAUUUGGGCACGGAUGUGGUCGAUUCAGCGUUUGAAGGAUAUAAUGCUUGCGUGUUCGCAUAUGGGCAAACUGGUAGCGGUAAAACCUUCACUAUGAUGGGCUCAUCUGAUAAUCCAGGACUGAUUCCGAGGAUUUGUCAUGAGCUUUUCGCCAGAAUGAAAGUGGGCCUUGAAUCAGGUACUGGUUACAAAACACAUGCAAGUUACUUGGAAAUAUAUAACGAGCGAGUGAAGGAUUUGUUAGGACCGGCUGCGGUUGGUCAUGGACUUAGAGUUCGGGAGCACCGUAGUUUGGGCCCUUAUGUUGAGAAUUUAUCACAGCAUGCUGUUAACGACUAUGAAGAGAUUCUGGAAUGCAUUAACCGUGGGAAUAUCCAACGUACAACCGCCAGUACUAACAUGAACGACACUAGCAGUCGAAGUCACGCGAUAUUCACUAUCACUUUUGUUCAAGCCGGCUACAUGAACGAUAUGCCAAGCGAAACGGUUUCGAAGAUUCAUUUGGUUGAUUUAGCAGGAAGUGAACGGGCGAAUGCAACGGGUGCAACUGGGCAACGACUCAAAGAAGGUGCUCAUAUUAACAAAUCAUUGGUCACGUUAGGUAGUGUGAUAUCGGCGCUGGCGGAUCAGUCGAAUCGUACAGAAUUGACAAACAAAAGAGUUCUGUAUAUUCCAUACCGCGAUUCUGUGCUCACAUGGCUUCUAAAAGACAGUUUAGGUGGAAACAGUAAAACAAUUAUGAUCGCGGCGAUAUCACCGGCUGACUGCAAUUAUGGCGAAACAUUGAGUACAUUACGUUAUGCGAAUCGUGCUAAGAACAUAAUCAACAAACCGACAAUCAACGAAGAUCCGAACGUGAAAUUGAUUCGAGAACUUCGCGAUGAGAUUAAUAAACUUAAAUCGAUGUUGUCCAGUGAAAUGAAUUUGGCAGUACCGUCUUCUAAAGUGCUUGAAGAUCUUCUGAAGAAGGAGGAGCAAGAGAAAGUUUUGACGGAGAAAUGGACGGAAAAGUGGAAGGAGGCGCAACUUAUUUUGCAGGAGCAGAAAUCACUUGGUCUUAGGAAAGCAGGUGUGGGGGUGGUGCUGGAUUCGGAGAUGCCACAUUUGAUUGGUAUUCAUGACGAUAUAAGCACUGGUGUAACAUUGUACAGUUUAAAGGAGGGUGAGACGCUGAUAGGCACGGAGGAUGCAGAUGCACCUCAAGACAUAGUUCUAAGUGGAAUCGGGAUUCAGCCAGAACACUGCAGUAUUCUCUUAGAAAAUGGCACUGCAACAAUCUACCCGCAACCCCAGGCGCAAUGUUGGCUAAAUGCAAACCUUAUCGAUGAACCGACGGCUAUAAGUCAAGGUGACAUUAUCCUUUUGGGGCGGACAAAUCUUUUCCGAUUCAAUAAUCCAGCAGAAGCCGCCAAACUUAAGAAAGAUCAAUCACGAUCACGACUUGAUCUUUCCCGCUUAUCACUCAUUACUGCAUCACGUGAGAACUUAAAUUCAAGUUUUUAUGGCGACGAUGAACUAUUCAGUACCUCAUUUCGCCGGGAAAAACAAUAUCAACCAUCACCACUGGUGUGUCGCGACGAUCCUGAGAUUCAGGAUGAGAAUCGUAAAAUUUUAGAGACAAUCGAAAAUGCCUUAAAGCAAUUGAAUAUAGAACGUGUACAAAUGCAUGAACAAUAUAAAAUCAAAGUGCAAAAGUUGACGGAUGAGUUGGAGCGAUUGGAGAAGGAAGAACAUGACAUCGAGGAAUUGUUGAAUUGCCGUGAACAGAAAUUGUUGGCAAAAAAGGAUAUGUUGCAGUGGGAGAAGAAUAAUGAAACCAUCCAGAUUGAUAUUUUAUGUAGACAAAUUUCGGCUUUGCAAACACAGCUCGACUCAAAGAAACAAGAUUUCUCUGAGUAUGUAGCUAAGGAGUUACAGCUAUUACAAGAUUUCGGCAAGUUGGAUGAGUUACAAAUCAAGAUUACUGAGAGCACCCCACUCUCAGAUGAUAUUCUGCUGCAAGUAUCUGAUUCCUUGGAUUCCCGUUCUGGACAAGUUAUCCGAGAUACUGUCAAGCGAAACAGAGAGGAGAUAAAGAAACUCGAAGAAAAAAUUCUGGAGAAAGGAGUUGUGUUGAAUGUGAGCACUGAACGCAUUGCUCAACUUGAUGAGAAUCUUUCGACGCUGAAUAAACAACUAGAUGAGUUGGCCAAUCCAGAAUUAGACGAAUUACGGAAGAGGAAAAAAACAUUGAAGCUUAAUUUGGAAAAGAAUGCACAAAAUAACUCAACAGAACAAGGGACAUCUGAUUCGAAUACAUUUCAUACCGCCGCGUCAGACUGUUCCUUUCGAUCGACAAUGCUGUCACCACCAUCAUCAUCAGCCGGACCUGUUAAUUCUUGUGAUAAUGUUGUACCUGCUAAUAGUUCUUAUACUAAGGAUAAUUUAAUGAGCGACAGUGGAGUAUGUUUGGAUUCUGCCAAGUCACCAUUGAGCCCAGUACAAACAUCGUCCAUUACCGAAACUGGUUACAAAUCACCAGGAACUCACGCUGACGACGAAUGUACCUCCUGUUCCUCUGGCGAGCUUACACAUAACGAUGCCUUUCCCCACCAAUUUGACAAAAUCCAUAAAUUGGAUCAGAAAAUUGCUACAGAGAAAGCGAUCAUUAUGCGUAAAUUAGAAAUUGAGGCGAACAAAAGUGAGCUAGACGAACAUAUAGCAAAAUUGCAGGAAUUGAAGAAGCAGCGAAUUCAACUCGAAAAAGAAUUACAAAGUAAUGAUUUGUUUUAUAGUCGUGGGUUUAUCGGCGACAAUUCUAAAGAUGAAUACGAAUGCGGGUCGAAUAGCAGCGGAUCGAAGUCAACACCGCUGAACACAUUGAGUCCUAUGACCGAGUCGUAUCUAACGAGUACAAGAUCAUCUUGCCCGUCUGUAGAUGGAUUCCUCGAUGAACACUUUGUCAGCAUUCCUGGUUUUGUGAUUCGGGGAGCCGGUAAACAAACUCACUACGAGUACGAAGUGAAGGUUUGUUUAGAAACGGAGAAACUGACUCUAUUACGACGCUACAGCCGCUUCCGACAACUUCAUUUAGAUAUGAAAAGUUGUUACGGCUCUAAGGUAGCGUUACUUCCAUUCCCCCGACGAGAAAUAUUUUCGUCCAACAAUGAAUCCGUAGCGAAACAACGUCGCCGUCUAUUGGAGUUGUAUCUACGACGUUUAUUGGCUGUUUGCUCGAAAAUUCCACAGUCACCGAUCUACAGUGGUGCGGAUGGUCCUGGUAUAACGAAAUCAAGCCUCGCAAAAUUAUCGAACUUUUUCCAGAAGGGUCUAUUUGAGAAUGGAAAACAUGGAACGGGUUAAGUAGUUAGGAGUCGAGGGCCUAAUAUGUGAGAGCACAGCACUUUAUGGUUUUCUCUUGACUUUAUUGAUUCUUAGAUUAAUUCUAGUAUCUUUUGGAUAAGUGCAUUCAACUUAGUCUGAUAAUUUUAAAGUAUCAAUUCUAUGAGUUUUAUUUUUAAUCUGAUGCCCUUUCAAAGGCAGUAAGUGUACCCUGCAAAAGUCCAGCCACGUUCAAAGGGUAUGCUAAAUGUAUUUUGGAUUUCCAUUACUAUCUACGAAAAGGCGGACAUUGACUUGGGUAUUUUAUAUUUUACUUACUUUGUGCUGGCUCCAUCUUCACUACACUUCCUCUACUUGAUCUGUGAUCGUCUUCCUCACUAGGAAAUUAUAGCGAGAAUGUGUUAUUCUUUCAUUUCUUUGUAGUUGAAGCAACUACAUUGUUUUGUUUUAUCUCCAUUACACGGUUCUCUUGAGUGUACAGUGUCGUUUUUCUGAGAUUAGUAAAUUAUUGAAGGAAAGAUUUUGCUUAAAGUUUUGUUCUAAGGAUGUAACAUAAAGUAAAGAAAUGCGAAGGUCGUAGACAUUCAUCUUCUAACUUCAUUUUCUGAAUAAAAAGAAAUAUAAUUUGUUUGUUUUUUGUAACAAAUGGUUUAGCGCACAGAUUCUCAAUUAUACGAUUAGUAUUAGAUAUGCGUGAAUCAUCGGUAUACGGUACAACUGUCAAAGGCGUACUCUGAAAAGCAAAUGCAUUUGUAUUGAAAAGUUUCGACUUUCCAGGUUCUAUUUAGUAUCUGAUGAUCCUGUCAAAUUUUUAGGUUUAAUAACCCACUUACAGAAAUUGAUAGUAAAUGAAGUAUUUCUAUUAUUGUUACUUGAGAAAAAAUCUAUUGGGAGAGAAUAUUUUUUACGUGGUUAUGACAUAAAUGUAUUUAUUUACAAAAAUUUACAUUGUAUAUUUAUGACGACAAUAAAUGAAAUUAUCGGA